GGCUGAGAGUCUGAAACAGAGAGGAAGAACGCUGGUGAAGGUUCACUGUUAUUUUGCUGCCGUACAAUUAUCCUCUACAGAAAGGAUUGAUCUUUUUGUUAUCGACGCCUGCUGGAUUUUAUUGGACUUUGAACUUUGUCAGGACCUAAACGUUUAUUUCAGUAUUUUAACUGGAUCUAAAUGAUUUAUAACUAAUUCACAGUUCUGAUACAGUAAUCCACUGGUUUGCCUUGGACAUGGGGUCUGGGAAGGAGCUCCUUAUUCUCGGCGUAUUGGUUAUGCUGCAGGAAUGUUGGACUGACUGUAAAAUUGGCCAAAACAAAAAAGGGCGACACUGUGUUGAUGCGAAUGAGUGCGAAGAACAGCCAGGCGUUUGUCGGGAAAACUCAAAUUGCUUCAACACGGAUGGAAGCUUCUACUGUAGCUGUAAACAAGGCUUCAGAGACAGUGACAAGCAAGUUAACUACACACUAGAAGGAAAUUGUCAAGAUAUAAACGAGUGCACUGAGGAUAACAAUACCUGCGGUCCCGCUGCUCAUUGUACAAACCUGAUGGGGAGUUUCAAUUGCACCUGCAACUUCGGCUACACCAACUCCACCAGCGUUGGUCACUGCACAGACAUAAAUGAAUGCUUUGAAGCUCAAAUGAAACCAGUAGACCUCUGUGGAGAAAAAGGGACUUGUAUUAACAGUAAUGGGAGUUACUGGUGCAGCUGUUCAGAAGGAUACACCAAUUAUGGCAACAGCAGGACAAAGUGCUCACCACUCAACUGUGACAACUUCAGUGGAGACGGCGGGCCUGCAUCAUUGCUUGGAGGCCUGGCAGACAUUUUGUCCAUGAUGAGAAACAGCUGUGUGGCUCUUUCUAACCCCAGCGCUGCUAGUGAAGUGAAGACUGAUGGAGACGCACUACUAGAGAAACUAUUCACUGCGGCCGAGUCCAUCCUGUCCCCCGGGCAACUGAAGAGCAGUGAAGAUGUGAGCGGACUGCUCAGUACGGUGGAGAAUGCUAUUAUGCUCAUUGGACCACAACUGAAACAUAACAACACCAAGAUUGAGACCACUGAGACAGACGCAGAGAUCGCAGUGCAGAGGGGAAACACUCGGCCCACAGGACCAAUCCAGCUGACCAAUGAGGUUGCUUCACUCGACACUGACUGGACAACAGCAGCUGGGUCGGGAUCAUACCCUGGUUUUGCUCUGGCUGCAUUGUUGAGCUACAAGAAGCUUGAGAAAUUGGUUAACCGGUCAUUUGAGGGGCUCAAAGGACAUGAAAAAGACGGCUUGAAUCCUUCCUUUCAGAUCUCCUCCAAAGUUGUGUCUGUUUUGGUCUCUAAUCCAAAUACUCAGCAACUGAAUCGCAACGUCACAAUCACCCUCAGACAUCUACAGGAUGCAAACGAGUCGGAGCAGCUGAGCUACGUCUGUGCGUACUGGAAAGAGACAGGAGCCUGGUCCACAGAAGGUUGUUAUCAACAGGAGUCCAAUGCCACAUACACUGUGUGUGAAUGUGAACAUCUGAGCAGCUUUGCUGUGCUCAUGGCUCUCUACCCCAUGAAGCACACCUUUGGGCUCCAAGUGGUGACCAAGGUUGGGCUGACCAUCUCCCUGCUGUGUCUCGUGCUGUGCAUCCUGACGUUCAAGUUCUGCCGCUCCAUAAAGGGAACCCGCACCACCAUCCACCUGCACCUCUGUAUUUGCCUCUUCAUAGCAGACAUCUUCUUUUUGGCCGGCAUCUCACAAACUAAACCUGUGGGUGGGUGCAGGUUCGUUGCAGCGAUGCUCCAUUACUUCUUCUUGGCCGUGUUUACCUGGAUGCUGUUAGAAGGGGUGCAGCUGUACCGCAUGGUGGUCCUGGUGUUCAACACCACCAUGCGCCCCCUCUACUUAUACAUCACUGGUUAUGGGACACCCCUUGUUAUCGUUGUUAUUUCUGCCAUCAUUAGACCAGGCGGAUACGGCACUGACGAGCACUGCUGGCUAUCCCUGAAAGAUGGCCUCAUCUGGAGCUUCUUUGGCCCUGUGUGCUUCGUCAUCAUCCUCAAUGUCAUCUUCUUCUUAGUCACGGUCUGGAAGCUCGCCCAGAAGUUUGCCACCCUCAAUCCAGACCUCACCAAACUGCACAAAAUUAGAGCGUUCACAGUGACAGCUAUCGCCCAGAUGUGCAUUCUGGGUCUCAUGUGGGUGUUUGGGGCCUUCCUUUUUCAAGAGGAAAACACAGUGGUGGCAUACAUCUUCACUAUCCUCAACAGCCUGCAGGGAGCGCUGGUGUUCUUCAUGCACUGCCUACUGUCUAAACAGGUGAGAGAGGAGUACGCCUAUUUCCUCUCCUGUAUCUGCACGUCACAGAAGAAGAGCUACUCAGACCUCACCAGUACCAACCCCUCCAGCAGUCAGUCACAAGCUUCGCGAAGUGGGCAGCACACCGGAGAAUCCCAAAUAUGAAGAACUGUAUCUUGUAUAUAACCCAUAGACAAACCUUUACCCUAUCUGGGCUAGGUCUGAUUUUAAAGGUUUAGAUUAGUUCUAAUGAACAUCCAGUCAUUAUUUGGUUACUUUAAGGUAAAUUGAAACUCCAUUUGAGUACCAUCGCACAAAUGAUUUGUAAUCGUAUAACUAAUCAGGGUCCCUCCCACUGGCUGCAAGAUAAAUCUGAGUGGAAUCAGCCCCAUCAGUUAAAUCUCAGGCCUUUCAAACCCUUGUGAAGUUAAAGGGACCACAUGUUUUAGACCUCAAAAUCCAUAAACCUGAAUCCAAAAGCAUGAUUAGCACACUUUGCCAAUCAAUUGCAUUAUUGGCCAGAUUGUUAUCCCAUAAUGUGUCAUUCUUGUCACAGCAGGCAAAAAUGUGGAUUGUCAAGUAUCUAUAUGUUUAUCUAAAACGGAUCACAAUCAUACUAUAAGCUGUAUUGCCGUUGGAAAGAUUAAAAGUAAAACAUACAUACUGUACAUUGACAGAAUAUUUAUUUUCAAUCGCAGACAAAUAUGUCUUCAAUAUGUAGGGUACAAGAUAAUAUGAGUUACUCUUUUUAUGUUCAAAGCAUGAGCAAUCAGUUUGCGCUGAAUUCUUUAAAUGUUUUUUGUAAAGAUGGAUGGAUGUGCCUUUUGUUCAAGGAAAUGUUCAGUGAAAUAUUUUUCCAUAUAAAGUAUUGGCAGAGAAACAUCUGAUUUAAGAUGCACAUGUCCCAAGGCAUGCCUCGUCAUGUCCCCAGGCAUGCCUCGUCAUGUCCCAGGCAUGCCUCGUCAUGUCCCAAGGCAUGCCUCGUCAUGUCCCUGCACAUCCCAUGUGGGCUUCUGCAAGGAUUUUGUUGAUUUUUUAAAUUUUAUUACAAAAUGAGUGAUUUUAAUUCACUUGUGGCUUUAACAAAAAAGUCUUUAUUGAUUAGCCAUUAAGCUGUGUCUUUUAUCACUAGUGUAUGUGAAGAUAUAGAAACAUGUUUCUAUUAGCAAACAAGAAAACAAAUCCAGCCCAAAAUAGUCGGUCUGGAAAUACAGGAAAACAGACACACCCUUUCUCAUAAGCCUGCAAUUUCCUGCAAUCAAAGUGUUUUCAUGGAGUUAAAUUCCAUUUCGUUAUCAUGUUGUCUUAUUAUAGCUGAUGGACUAUGUGUGCACACAUUGUUAUUGAUUGUAAGGAUCACAUCCCUGAAAUGAGAACUUAUAUUAUUUUAGUGAGGAAAAUGAUGGGAGAUGUACAGACCUGUGUUUCUUUAUGUUAUUGCACUUUUCUGUUGUAAAUGUGAUAGUCCAGCACAUCUUCACUUAAAUGGUGCAUGUGAUAAUCAACAAGACUUGAGAAGCAGCCUCAUUUACAGUACCAAAACAGUUUAUUUGUUAAAAACAGAGAAAUGUUUUCAGUAGUUUAUAGACAACAGUGAAAAGAAAUAAUAAUAACAAUGUAACUCAAAGACAUACCUAUAAAUAGUAAAACCAGAGAAACUGAUAAUACUGCAGUGGUCUCUUCAUUUUCUCUGGAGCUGUAUAUUUGUUCUUUUACUUUAUAGAAAUUGAUCAGAGAGAUUGAUCUGCAGAGAAAAAUAGACAGAUUGUUCAAAGAAUCGCCAUGAGCCUGAUUAAGACCACUCUUUGGUUAUAACAAAUAAACUGUUUUUGUAUGGCUGCACUUUUUGUGACCAUCGAUACCUUUUAAUUCAUGCAUUGCUAAAUGUAUUUUUAUGUGAAAAAGCUAUGUGCGUUAUGGUACAACAUUUUGUGAAUGUAAGAAGCUUAUUGUAAGAAUAGGUGUUCUUGUAAGGUAGACCAUAAGAACUUAUUUUUGUAUUUCGUAAUUUUGUAUGUAUUUUGGUACUGUUCUUUAGAAUAUGCACACAUUUUAUUAAAGCUUCUAUUUCAUCUGAAAAAAA